AUGGACAAUAUCAGCGACAUAGGGUCGCCCUUAUCUGAGCGGUCGAGGACACCGUUUUUCGAUGGUGGUGGCAUAUCGCUCUCCGGUCUUCCCUUCGAGGAAGCCCUCGUCGCGAGGAUAGGGGAGCCCUUGGUGCUGGGAGUGGAACCUAGCAUCUCUGAGCCAGCUGUGGUGGAGCCAACCGCAGCAGAAUGCAGAGAGUCAGCUGUAUUAGCCCUUGCAGCCUUUACUGCAGAUGACUUCAUUGCCUGUUGGAGAGAUUCCCAGAUUAGGUGGUUUCUUCCAGACCGCCGCCAACUCCGAGGCAACUGUUAUUUCGGGUGCCUCUGUUGA